AUGUCGGAUACCAAGAAGGCCACCGGUACCGGAUGGAGUGACCGUGACUUGCUCUCCAGUCUGCUCUACCUCGUCAACAAGAACGGCUCUGUCUUCAACUACAACGAGGGCUGUUACCCGGCCGGUCGCAACGCCAGCGGUUUCAAGCAGAAGAUCAACGCGCUUAAGAACGUUCUCAAGCCGGAGUGGGAGGCCAUGGAGGCGGGAGUACCUGUUUCUGAGGUCACACCCAAGAAGGCGGCAACACCACGCAAGCGGAAGGCCAAGAUUGACGAGGACGGUGAUGACGCCGAAGUCACUCCCAAGAAAGGUCGCGGUCGCCCGAAGAAGAAGAAGGAGCCCACUCCGGAGGUUGAGGAGGAUCUGGAGGAUGAGGCUGUCAAGGAGGAGGUCAAGGACGAUGAUGACGACAACAUCCUCAAGGAGGCUGAUGACAUCUGA